AUGUCUGGGGUGAUUGCAAUUCCCCUGGCGACUCCCGCCACGACUCCUAAAAAGAGAUCCAAGCCCAAGAAGACUGGACCCACCGUAUCUGACCGCAUCCUGAAGGUUGUGUCAGCAUCGAAGGACCGUAGUGGUGUGUCUCUUGCGGCUCUCAAAAAGUCUCUGGCAGCCAGCGGCUAUGAUGUUGUGAAGAACAACGCUCGACUCAAACUCGCAGUCCGGCGUUUGGUGGCCAAAGGAUAUCUUCUGCAGCCCAAGGGCACUGGGGCGUCCGGCUCUUUCAAAAUUAACAAAAACAAAGCCGUCGUUAAAAAGAAAAACAACUAUCAAUAAUAAAGUCAAGAAGGUAGGGGGCCAAGAUUGUCAAGAAAGCGUCACCUAAGAAGGCAGCGGGCGCCAAGAAGUCCCCAAAGAAAACCAAGAGGAAGAGUCCCAAGAAGGCCAAAAGACCCGCAGCAGCAAAAAAGACCAAGAGCCCCAGGAAGACCAAGCGCAGAGUCGCCAAAUCCACCCGGGCUAAAGCUGCUCCUAAGAAGAAAUAG